GUGCCGUUUUUUAGAGGCCUUAGUUGCGACAUGAGCGGAGGAGGUAACCGCGUAGUAAUGUUGACAAACAGUCAGUCUUCCGCGUCCGCGAGAUAUAUUUUAUUCAGUAAUACUAUUAACAAUCAGUUUUGUGAUCAAUGAAGCAUCUUCAAUAUUCUCGGUGACAUCACGCACUAAAAGAAACCAACUGACUUUAAUUGAAUGCGACGAGGUCUGCUCGAGGCGACUGUUUCCAUCCGACUCCGCUUGCGACACUCGCCUUAAUCGCAGUAAAAUAUAUUUAAAACAUCAAUAUUGACAAAACAUGACUCAAUACAUCGCUGGCUUGAUCUGCGCGCUAGUCCUGGCCGCUUUAACAGUUCUCUGGAUUGCUUACUGCAUGUUCGUAAGAGAACGUCAUAAGGACGAGCAUCAUUACCAUAUUUCUGAUAUAAUGAAGAGAAAUACGAUACUAUCAGAGCUUGAAGCUUGCGAGACGACAGAAGAGAAGAAGAGUGGGCUGGUAGCUGGUGUAUUUAUCCUUCCGUCGCGGCACAAGCAUAAGGAAAAGGAGAAGGAAGAUAAAGAUGAUUACGACAAGAGGCCAGAUUACCCGGAGAGUCCAAUGCCUUUACAACUGAGCACGGAGAAGCUAGUGGAAUUAUUGAACGACAGUGAGAAAGAUGACGACAUUUAUAAGAACGGCACGCUUGAGAUAGGCUCUAAUGCGACUUUUAUUAGUGAUGUUUAGUUAUUGUUAUGUAGCAUUUCUCUUCCUAAAAACCAGUAAAAUUUUAACAAUUCCCAACAGGGCCAUCAUUGAAAAUUUAAAUUUCGUUAUUAGCCUCUCUAUCGCUCAAAUACGCAAGAGCGAUCGAGAGGUCAGUAGAUGGACACACGAAGUGUUUUGUGGUUAUAUCCUUGGUUCUUAAUAUUUUGGUUUCUCCGGUAAAUUCAAAAACAUAUUCUCGCAUUAAUAACCUUAUUAGAAUGGUGGUGCAUUUAAAUACACCAUUAAAAUGUCAGUCAAGAGAUUAUUGUGCGAAUCUUAAUACGUGUACGAAAGUACUUGGACGUUUUAUUAAUUGAGCCCAUAAAUGAAGCCAUGCUGCUGAUGGUUAAUUGAUAAUUGCCAUUGUGUAUUAUACAACCAGUGACAAAAUGAUGUAAGUUGAUAUUGAAGCCAUAUUUUACGGUUGCAUGUUGAGUAAUAUAAGUACCUAACUUGCACUUAAUUUGGACUCUCUGUAUGCUGCACAGGCAAAUUAUAUUAAAUAUCAAGUAUUAAAUAUUAAGUAUAAGGUAUUUUACUUCAUAAC